CAUCCAAAUAUUCCUGUUCGAGACAUUUCUAAUAUUUCACAUUUAGAUAUAGAAACCACAACUGAAGAUCUUGGUAAAGAUAGUUUACUUAAAGAAGAUGCCGGAAAUGAACUUUCUUCUGUCUCAAAUCAACAUUUCGCUUCUUGGCUUUUACAAAUUGGGGAAGAUCAUGUUGAACGACAUGCAAACAGAAGCGAUUACAUUAAACUUCCUAAUGAUCUUUAUAUUUCUUCCCAAAAUCUACACAAUUUAAUCUAUUUUAUUUACCCUAAUCACUUAUCAAAUUCUACUAAUUCUCUUUAUUUAUUAGAACGAGGAAUUCUGGCACCAAAAAAUACUGAUGUUGCUUUUAUUAAUUCCACUAUUAUGAACUUAUUCCCUGGUGAUGAAAUAGAUUAUUUAAGCGCUGAUAGUAUCGAAGAAACAGCAGACUCUAAU